AUGCCGAGGCAAACUUCUCCAUAUAUCGCUUAUAGACGAUUCACAAGAUCGUUUCUUAAAAGCGGACCAUCGUCUGGGGGAUAUAAUGGCAAUAAGGAUCCUCAAAUAAAGUUUUAUUAUAUGAUCUCUUGCAUUGCACUGAAUACGGUUUCUGGUUUAUCCGCACAGGAGAGAGAUGCCUGUCUAAGCUACGGACAUACUUGUUGGGGUGGGCACGGAAAGCGCAGCGACGUCCAGGAUAUACCCGCUACGCGCAUUUUAGCGAUCAAGUCUCUGCUUGAAAAUGGCUUCGCAUCUUCCUCCAAGACGCAGUGGAUUCUAUCCCGUUUGAUCGCCGGACAGCCUAUAUUACCACUGAUAGAUAAAUAUCGCGUUAGACAGGACGGCUUUCGUAAGGAUAAAUCGUACGUCCCACCAAAGUGGAAUCGUAAUAUGGCACCGAUUACUGACGAAAGCAUUGAGUCAAUCAGAAUUUCAAUUAACAAUGAAAACAAAGAUAAUGGAAGGAAAAUUAGCAGCGCACAAGGUACAAUGCGUAAUAUGAACGGAAAACUUGAAAACAGUCCGGAGGUCUUACUCAUUUCACCUGGUGAAUACGAUAAGCCAAUUAACGAUCCUCAAAAGUUAAAUCUACUCAAGCUUCUGAACGAGGCGAAUGGAGGUGCAAAAUAAACGGGAUAUUAAAGACUGUAAAACACAUUGCGACGAAAAACAAUUUUAAAAAGAACAGGUCUUAUCGUCGAAGUGAUAAUGUAAUAAUUCUCUGUAAAAAAAAAAAGAAACGUAUACGUGUUUUCGUAUUAAAUCCCGAUUUGAUUUGGUGCUCUCUACCUAGACGACGGAUCCUCAAUUAGAAAAUUAUAUUCGUCUCUAGCGAAACUCUCGAUGACAUUGCGACUCUGUUGCAAUCGCAAUCACGUCCAAACUAUCCAACAUAAUAAUAAUAAUUGCGCUGACUAUCUCAGCGUUCAGCUUUCAAUUAGCGAGAUUGCAUAUGUAUAUCCACUAACUAUACCAGAUUAUCUGUGCGAAACUGCUUUUCAUUUUCCUCCUACUCUGUAAAUCUCUUACCGAAUAAAUCUGAAACUUUCAUUUUAUAUUAA